AUGACCAAAUCCAAAUUUCCAGAUCACAUCUCAGAUCGUAUCCUCGACCUCUGCACAUCCUCUGAGACCGUCUCUUCACUCCUCGCAAGAGAACCCAGUCUUUCCCCCAGUGCUGCCUGGGACAAACUAUACGGCCGGCAUGCUCUAAAGAAGAGGUCUCUAGGGGUCGACGAGGAGGAGAAAGAGGAAGAGGGGAGUUUCAGCGGCAGUGAAGAGGAGGGUAGUAAUGGCCAGGGUUCAACAGCUUACUACAAGUCACCACCCACGCCACCUCAUUCGCCUCGUUUGGCCCAGGAACACCUUGAUCGGGCAGCGAAGUGUGGGAAGUGGGGAGGGAAGAAACCGAGUGAACUAUUUUUGCAGAUAUAUCACGACGCACUUUGCACACUGGACGAUGAUCCCCUCAGGGGUAUGGUCAGUCCGCCGCUUUUGGGGACCUGCGGUACUGUUCCGUUGACGAUAAUCUCCGUCAUCCCCGACAUAGCCCGCCACAUGGCCAACCUGAUCUACCGCGCAAAACACGAAAUCUUUCUAGCAACAAACUACUGGCAAUCAAGCGUUGCCUCAACCUACCUAACAAACGCCAUAAGGGACCUCAACCGACGUCUUGCCUCCGAAGCCCACUUAUCUUCUGGCGUAGAGUCCCAGCCACAAAAGAAUAAGAUAUUUCUCAAAGUCCUCUACGAUCGCGGAACCCCCAAACAGCUUCUCUCGCCCCACCAGAUCGUUUCUCCAGAUACCUACACCGACGCCUCCACCGUCGGUCUUCCCCAUCCAGACGAGAUCCCAUUUAUCGACAUGCAAGUGAUGAACUAUCACAUGCCCAUCAUGGGCACGUUUCACGCCAAGUACAUGGUGGUGGACAGGCGCGUGGCAGUGUUGCAGAGCAAUAACAUCCAGGACAACGACAAUCUGGAGAUGGCGACGCACUUGGAGGGGCCAGUGGUGGAUUCGCUUUGGGAUAUGGCGAUGAUUAGUUGGUACAAGCACUUGGAACCUGGGAUGCCGUGUGUCAAUUCGCCGGCGAGUGAGGCAUGGGGGAGGGAGAAGGAGGUGGAAAAAACUGGGGUGGGCCAGAUUGAAAGGAAAGUGGAAGUGAAGAGGCUUGCUGUGACCGAAGAGCCACCCACCACUGGGACGACCACUCAACCGACUGUUACUCCCAAGGUUCCCCGACACACAACCGAAGAGCCUCACUAUGACGCUUCGAUAGCGGCCGAAGUCGCCCGUGUUCAAACCUCCUUAGCAUCUAAACGCGAUCCAGGCAGAAGAGUUAUCGAAACACACCUACAAGCUGUCACUCGUCUCCUCAACCACACUCGCAACCCCAACUUCACGGCCGACCCACUUGCCCCGGACCCGGUCACUGACCCAAACAAUAAAAUGACUCCUUAUCUGUUCCUUCCUCAUCACCAAGCCUCCAUUCAAGAACGAAACCAACACCCCGAGGCAGUACCAAUGGCCCUAGUCAACCGCGCCCCUUACGGAUUGCCGAACCACUCCUCCGUCUCCAACCCGCAAAAUGCCGCCUGGCUUUCUGCCCUCCGCAACGCCACCCACUCCGUCUUCAUCCAGACCCCAACUCUGAACGCCGCUCCUUUGCUCCCCGCCAUUCUUGAUGCCUGCAACCGCGGCGUCCAAGUCACUUGCUAUGUAUGUCUUGGGUACAAUGACGCAGGCGAACUGCUUCCUCACCAGAACGGUCACAACGAAAUGAUUGCACAUCAGCUAUACUCGUCACUCCCACUUGGAACGAGGCAGAAUCUGCAUUAUUACUGGUACGUGGCCAAAGACCAGACCAAACCGCUGGUGCAGUCCAAGGGGUUGAGGAGCUGUCAUAUCAAGUUGAUGGUUGUGGAUGGGCACGUGGGCAUCAUGGGGAAUGGGAAUCAGGACACGCAGAGCUGGUUUCAUAGCCAGGAGAUUAAUGUGAUGAUUGAUAGUGAAGAGGUUUGUGGGACGUGGAUGAAGGGGAUUAUGAGGAAUCAGAACACGGCGAUAUACGGGGCGUUGGAUAAGGAGAAAGGGAUGUGGGUUGAUGCGGAGGGGAAAGAGGCGGAUGGGGUUAUUGGCGUUGAUCCGGGUGGGAGAGUAAAGAGAUGGGCUAAAGGGGCGGUGGGUGCGGUGAAGAGGGUUCAGGGGAUUGGAGGGUUUUAG